AUGUCUGAUUCGGAACCUGUUCCAUUACCAAAGGGCGAGGAUCCUGAUGUUGAUAAUUCAAACUCCGUGCUUUCUCACGAACCCGGUGAUGCCAACAAAACUCCCGAAAAUCCCCAAAAAACCGAAGAUUCUUCUGAGGAAGUUUCAAGUCCGGUCAAAUCUGAUCCUGAUGACACUGAAGGUGUCAAUUUAAAACGUAAGAAAUCUGGCGACGAUGAAGUUGAGGAGGUCAAUAUCAAGCGAAAGCGACCUGACGGUGCCUCCAAUAUUGCUCCAUCGGAUGACACCAAAUCCACACCACCUGGUGAUAGCAAACUUCCUGCUUCAGACGAUGCUAAAUCAGAGGCUAAGGAACCUGGGGAGGAAAGGCCCAUUUUCGACGUUUUGACUCACACCAAGGAGUUUGACUGUCCCAUGGCCAGGCUGGCCAAGAUGGAUUCCGGAAGGAGCUUCUUCGACAUUCCCAAGCCUGAGGUUCCCUCGAGCCUCGAUCCUGCUGCGGGCCUCACUCUCGAGGCCGACGGCGAGGGCGCCGAGGACAACCAGGUGGUGCUCGAAUCAUCUCUCUCCGAGAGCGAGAAGCUUCUCACUGAAUUGCGCGGCUGUAAACUAUCUUUCUACAAGGAUUCCGAGUGGAGCCUUCCCAUACCCGUCGUCACUCACCUCAUACUAAACCAGGACACUUCCGUCAAAAGGCUCGUUUGUUUUCAGCUCGGCACUGGUCGCCUUCUUCUCAACACUGUUCUGCUUCCUUCCAUGUCCUUUAAUAAGCUGAAGGGCAAGUCGAUAAUUUUCACCGGUCAGACUCUAGGUGAGACUCCUUCUCUCAUUCCUCACCGCCUACUCUUUUCUGACACUUCUGCCAGGGACGGCUUCCAUAAACUCUAUUCUGAGUAA